AACAGUUCGUAAGGCAAUAUAACGUGAGUGUAACUUAUAAUCGUCAAGUUAAUACAGACUCGUUCUCAGAACUGCACGACCUGCCUCUCAGCUUAAUUAUACUUGUGCAGAUAUUUUUUUCUCUAAUACUAGAUUGGAAUAAUGUUCAUCCUCGUUCUAGUCCUAGCGAUAGUUUUGCUCCACUGGAUCUUCAAGACCCGUCGUGAGCCCGGGGAGCCUCCUAUUUUGCCGGGUUCUUUGCCUCUCAUUGGUCAUGGCUAUAUGCUGUUGGGGGACACUGUUUAUUUUUGGCAGAAAUUCAAAGAAAUAUCGUACACAUGCUUGCAAAACGGCCACGCGUUGUACUUUCUGAUAGGAACACAGAAGUUUUACGUAUUAACAGACCCUGAGGACAUAUGUCUGGUGUCCAACGUAUGCGUGGCCAAGGACACGGUGGUCGGCGCUCUUAUCCGAAGCUUGUUGGGCUCUGGCCUGGUGUUUGCUGACGUGCCCACGUGGAAAAAACAUCGUAAGUUGAUAAUGCCUUCCUUCAAUCAGCAAAUACUUGACGGAUUUAUACCAAUUUUCAACAAUCAAGCAAAAAGACUGAUGAAGAAACUGGAAUCGGAGGAAGACGACAAAUGUUUCGAUCCUACGCCAUAUGUAAACCAGAUUAUACUUGAAAGUAUUUGUUUAACAACAAUGGAUGUUAAACUCGAAGAAGCUGAUUCUGUAAAAUUCUUGGAAGCAUACGACCAGGCCAUCUCAAAUGGCAUAGCGACUUACUGCAAGUUCUGGCUGCGAUGUGACUUGUUAUAUAACAUGACAGAUAUGAAAAUAAAACAGGAAAACUGCAUACGGAUUGUACACGAGACGUCAGAUCUGGUCUUGCAAAAGAAACGAAUGAAGAAUAAACGAAACCGUGCUAAAAUAAAUAGUGUAGACAAUAAUAUAGAAGCCGACAUUAAAAAAGACACAGCGAAGUGUUUUGCUGAUUUGCUUUUGGAAUCUAAUGUUCUUACGGAACAAGAAUUACGGCACGAAGUGAACGGGAUGAUAAUAGCCGGCAGCGACACCACAUCAACUGUUCUUGUGUUUGCUUUACUUUUGAUAGGGUCAUAUCCUGAAGUGCAGGAGAAAAUUUACUCUGAAUUAACUGAAGUGUUCGAGGGAUCAAAUAGGGAUGUCCAAAAGCAAGACUUAUCGCGGCUUGAGUAUCUGGAAGCUGCAAUAAAGGAGACUUUACGGUACUACGUCAUGGCACCGUUCGUCAUAAGGCAUAUAGACAAAGAAAUUAAAUUAAAGUCCUGUACCCUCAAGCCAGGCAACAACUGCUUCUUUUCUCUGUACGGCGUCCACCGACAUCCCAUGUGGGGUGACGAUGUUGAGGAGUUCAAACCACAGCGCUGGCUCGACAGUCCAUCACGUCUGCCGGCCAAUGCAAACGCAUUCAUGGCAUUCAGUGUGGGGAAAAGGAAUUGUAUAGGCAGAGCGUAUGCUAUGAUGACUAUGAAGAUACUACUGUCCCACAUCUUCAGACAGUACAGAGUACUCGCCGACCAUUCCAACAUGAAAGUGAAACUCAAUGUUAUAAUCAAACCUUGUUCUGGACAUUUAAUAUCUUUAGAAAAAAGAAAUAUGUAGUGUUAAUAUUUACUAAUUAGUACUUAUGGAGAGCUGUGAUAGCCCUGUGAAUAUGACCUCUGCCUUCGAUUUGGAGGACGUAGGUUCGAAUCAGGUCAGAGACUUACACCUCUAACUUUUGAGUUAUGUGCAAUUUAAGAAAUUAAAUAUCACGUGUCUCAAACGGUGAAGGAAAAGCGUCGUGAGGAAACCUGCAUACCAGACAAUUUUUUUAUCUCUCUGCUUGUGUGAAGUCUGCCAAUCCGCAUUUGGCCAGCGUAGUAGACUAAGGCCUAACCCCUGUUAUUCUGAGAGGAGACUCGGGCUAAACAGCGAUACGAAUAGGGGUUGUCAACAAUGAUAUUUUUAUACUAUAGAUCGGUUACGUCCCUACAAAAUCACCGCAAAAAGUGAUCCGAAUAACAACACUGAGCGCACAUUUUGUCUUUAAUUCCAUUAUAUAUUUAUGUGUAUAUAGUUUUUACACUUCCUGAACACACAACUCGACAUUGUGGACGAUAUUUAGGUAUUAUUUGUUUAAUUAUCGGUCAUUGUUGACCACAAUUAACAUUGAGUUGACUAUCUUUUGAGCGUCUCAGUUUUCAUGCACUAGUAACACAUCUAACAGUAUUUAACAUCAUUGGGUAGUCAUUGAUGAUGAUGAUGAUAUAAGGAGGAUACAAUUUAUUUAUCCUAGAAUACAGAGCUGAGAGAUAUAUGGUUAUAUAAUUGAAGCGCGGAGCGCCUGCCUCGAAUACUAUAGCAAAAACUACUGUAUGCCUUAUGUCAUUUGCUUUUUACAAUCGUGUUUUUUAAUUAAUUAUUAACUUGAUUCAAAUAGCUUAUUUAUCUGUACUUAGCAAUAUAAUAUUUAGAAAUAUUUAAAUAAAAAAUAUAAAAUAAAUUCUGUUUAAUAGGUAUCUGUUUUUGAACGUAAAUCAUCUUUACGUACUUGUCUUAAAAAAUAAAUUAAUAAUAAUUCAGCAAUCCACCAACAGCUUGCUCUUCAAUAUGGCCUUAUCGAUUCUGAGAUGCCUUAAAGUUGGGAUCCCAAAGAGCUGGAAUGGCGACCCCGCAUCGGAAAGCGCAGUGUUGAUCGACCCCCUACUAGGUGGACCGAGGACAUCAAGCGGGUUGCAGGGAGUCAUGUAAGAGGCCUAUGUCCAGCAGUGGACGUCUAUCGGCUGAUAAGGUAAGGAAUGUUGAGUCAACUAUUAAUGUUCCGAUAGCUGUUUCAGUCAAUGGUCAUAAAACGAAAAACUGUUGGAUCAAGAGUCGGACACAGAAAGCAGUGAUUCUUGAGACGGUGCGUAUUGUAAGGAGGUUCCUCAAUCUGGAGCCCUGACCACCGGUUGCUUGAGCACUCAAAUGUCCCGCAGCGGGAGGGUUAAAUUUUUUUUAUAAGUUUUUAAUAGUGUUUUGUAUAUUUUGUACGUCCAUCAUUGUUAAAAAUUUAAAAUAAAAGGAGAAAUAAAUAAAUGAGAGAAAAUUA